ACCUUUCGCCAGUGUCGGCGCACUAACCUGUACCUAACACUCUCUAAUCAGUUUAUCACGAUUAAAAUUGUUUUAGCAAUAUCAAUUAAGUGUGACGUCAAUAUUCACAUAACAUUAUUGAAUAAUAACUCGUUUGACAGCGGCAGUGGGUGGCCGUAUACAAACAGUAGCUAAGGAUAAGAUGUCGACGGAAACAAAGUGUAAUCCUGAUCUAGUGCGAGAAAGAGCUAAGUGCACUUUCGAUGUCAAUGAACUUAUAAACCUAUUUUACGGAAGCGAAAAAGCGACAAAGGAAAGAAGACACUUUGAGGACGCGGUGUUAGCAGUUAAGGAACUCAAAGACGCUAUACCAGAGGAGUACCUAAGCCACAAGGAGCGCUAUGAGAACGGAGUCAGGAAGGCUACCAUCCUUCGGGAUGUUUACAGGGACUACAAAGCGAAACACAACAGGGAUCCACCUCCAAAUCAAAUCACUAAAGCUGUGAUCAAGGAUAUAUCUCCAUUCUUGCUUCACAAUGGCAUGUUCGUGCCCACCAUCGCGGGUCAGGGCACCCCAGAGCAGCAGGCAGAGUGGCUGCCCAAGGCCGAGAGUAUGCAGAUCAUCGGAACCUACGCUCAGACGGAGCUUGGUCAUGGCUCUUUCAUACGAGGGCUGGAAACGAUCGCAACUUACGAUCCAAAAACUGAAGAGUUUGUAUUAAACAAUCCAACUCUAACUUCCUUUAAGUGGUGGCCUGGUGGAUUGGGAAGUACAGUCAACCAUUGCGUAGUGGUUGCCCAGUUGUAUAUAAACGGAAAAUCGCACGGCAUACACCCGUUCAUUGCUCAAAUUCGGGACCUCGAUACUCACAAGCCGCUGCCCGGUGUGAAGGUUGGCGAGAUCGGGCCAAAGAUGGGCUUCCAGACGGCCAAUAACGGGUUCUUAGGCUUUGACAAUUUUAGGAUACCUAGGAAGAAUAUGCUCAUGAAGAAUGCUCAAGUUCUAAAGGAUGGAACAUUUGUGAAGGGUAUAAACGAGAAGUUGACCUAUGGCACCAUGGUGAUGGUGCGCGUGGGUAUAGUGGGUGACUGCUCCUUCUACGCUGCACUGGCCGCAACCAUUGCCGUUAGAUACUCCGCCGUAAGGCAUCAGUCCCAUAUCAAAGCUAGUGAGCCCGAAGCUCAGAUCCUGGACUACUUGACCCAACAGCACAAGUUGUUCAUCGCCGUCGCGUCUAGCCAUGUAUACAGAAAUGCAUAUCUAUGGAUGGAAAAGAUGUAUACGAACGUCAUGAAAGAGCUGUCUCAAGACAAACAAGACAAUUUACCAGAGCUCCACGCCACUGCUUGCUGCCUGAAAGCUGUGUGCUCACGAGACGCGGGCUCGCUGGUGGAGGAGUGUCGCCUGGCGUGCGGCGGGCACGGAUACAUGGCGUCAUCAAAUCUGCCCCUCACGUACGGGGUCACCAUCGCCGCCGUCACUUACGAGGGCGAGAGGACAGUGCUGCUACUGCAGACUGCCAGAUAUCUGAUGAAGGCUUGGAUGGCUGCUCUGAAAGGCAAAGUAUUGUCACCAAGCGUGUCUUACUUGUUGAAUUCCUUGAAGGAAAGCAAAAAGCCGUGGCAGAAUACACCCGAAGGAAUUGUGAAAGGAUUUCAGCAUGUAUCUUUUGGAAAAGUGAAAGCGGCUUACGAGACGAUUCAGAAAUACAUGAAACAAGGAAAAGAUUAUGAAGACGCUUGGAAUCUCGCUUCAGUUCAACUUGUAAAAGCCAGCGAGGCUCACAGUCGAGCGAUUCUAUGUGAAGUGUCGUGGGAAGCGGUGUGCAGCUCUUCAGCAUCUCCUAACUUAUCGCGAGUGCUGCAGCAGUUGGCACAGCUGUAUCUGACCUACUGGACCCUGGAGACGAGCGGAGACUUACUGCUGUAUUCCAACAUCACAAAAGAUGAUCUUAUUAUACUGCGAGACAAAUAUGAAGAACUCUUGGUGGCUAUACGUCCUAACGCCGUAGGAUUGGUUGAUGGAUUCGACUUAAGAGAUGAAAUUUUGAAUUCGACUCUGGGUUCGUACGACGGACGCGUGUACGAGCGUCUGAUGGAGGAAGCCCUCAAGAGUCCCCUCAACCAGGAGACCGUGAACUCGAGCUUCCACAAGUACCUCAAGCCAAUGAUGGAAAAGGCGAAGCUUUAAAAAUACUACAAAAGUGUUGUGGCGUUCUGCACGUAUCGCUCGGCAAGACUUACAUUCCAUUUCGAUAGAUGGCGCUGAAUGCGUAUCAUCUAAUGGUAGCGUUAAAUUUGAUUGUUGUUUCACUUCUUCUUCGGGUGCCUCUCCAACUAGUGAAGGUUGGCCAUCAGCUCGGAAAAUUUGUUCUUAUCUCUCGCGAGGCGGAACAGUUCAGCCGCACUCGCGAUCCCGGUCCAUUCCCUGAUGUUACGUAGCCAGGACUUCUUCCUACGGCCCACUUUUCUUUUUCCUGCGACUUUUCCCAUCAUUAUGAGUUGCAGCAGUUCGUAACGUUCGUGCCUUAGCACAUGCCCUAGGUAUGCAACUUUUCUCUUUUUGAUGGUUUGCAAAAGUUCGCGUUUUCGGUCAGCUCGCCGUAGAACCUUCUCAUUGGUAACCCGUUGAGUCCAGCUUAUUGCUAACAUACGUCGGUAGCACCACAUCUCAAAAGCUUCAAUACGUUUCCUGAGAUCUUCUUUUAUUGUCCAAGACUCGCAUCCGUAUAGAAGAAUGGGCCAGACAUAGCAGAGCAG